AUGGGCACAGCUCGUUACAACGGGAACAGUGCGUUGCCCCGUGCUUGGGAGUUAUUCCGAAUCUGCGGAAUUAUUCCAAAUCUACGACACAGUGCGUUACAACAGGCACAGUGCGUUACAAUGGGCAAAGCGCGUUACAAUGGACACAGUGCGUUGCCCCGCGCUUGGGAGUUAUUCCGAAACUGCGGAAUUAUUCCAAAUCUG